AUGGAAUCGCGACACCGAAGUCGACGGCUGGUGACCCAUGGCUCUGCUGUUCAUAAUAAAUCGCAGUCGAAGACCGUGCUUCCCCAUACGUCUACCAUCAAAAAUACUCAAACCAGAACCUACCACCAACAUCACUCAAAUCAUCACCUGUCACAUGGCGAAAAGAAAGAAGAGCAAUCCAGAGGGCUGGGGCUGGACGGGGAUUCGGAGGACAAGAUCUACGACAUACCAUCUUCAGACGAAGAAAAACAGCAAUACAAGCCAAGGCGAAAAAGACUUCGAUAUGACUCGAAUAGACAGUCUGUCACCUUGCAGCAGGAUAUUGUGAGCUCACGACAACCCACGGUGGUUAAGACGGACGUCAAACCUGACGGCAUUUCUGCCAAAAAACAGAACCCGACAGCCCCCCUGAUUAAUACUGCUUCGCUGCACAGAAGGAAAGGCACACUUGGUGGUCAAGGGCGCCCCGAAAAAUCAGGCAAUGCCGGGCCAGGGAAGCCAAAACCCCGGGCAGCUACUCCUACCGAACGCCUGGGUAUGACCCGAAGGCUUGAUAGUACCUCCGCACGCGAAAACAAGCUACCAGAUAAUGCCGAGGUGCAAAAAGUUAUCUGUUCAAAUGAGCAGCCGGGUCUCAAGUCUCCCAGUUUUCCAAGAUGUACCUUGUCAGGGGUGGGAAAUCGUACUCCUGGCCGUCGGAGACUAAUUGAUUCACUUGGCACCAGGGAACGCUCCGUCGAGGGAUCGCCGUCAGACAUACCGACUGAUAGCAUGUCUUCGUUCUUGGCUCCUCUCACCCCAACUCGACAAUCAGAACUUGCACCGUCAAGAACGCCAGUCAAGAGCCAAUGUGAUAGCCAUGGCCAGGACAAUACUGCUGCACCAUCGCCCCACCUACGUGGCUCUAAAGUCACAUAUGCCCGCCAGCGUUCAUUCUUGGAUGACCUGAUGUUGGAGAACGGACCCUCGGGUGUGGACCUUGUAGCUAGUGUGGAUCAAAACGACCGCCUGAACUCAAAUAAUGGGCCACGAGCUCGUCUUUUCACCAUUGAGGAACCUGACAAUGAUGACGGCACUGUCCGAAGCAUCCAUGAACUUCGUCAAGCUGGCGGAAAUGCUCGUUACCGGGGUGCAAUCGAGUCCAUCUUCGAAGACAUUGAAGAUGCCCACAUCUCCUCAUCGGGUCGGUGCAAUGCACUCGUGCAACUCUGCAGCAAGUUGCUCGACUCAAAGCUUGCACGCCAAUUUCUGGAGUGCAGUUUUGAUAAGAGACUGGUGAAUCUGUUCUCCAUGGAUCUCGAUUUGACUUCUUCUUCACUUGCCCUCUGUGCCUACAGCCUCUGUGCCAUCGGCAGACCUCUCCCGUAUACCCUCGCCACUACAGCUUGGCCUAAGCUUUUGGAUAUAUCACUUCCUAUGUUGGAUGUUCAAGAUGAUCUGUUCACAAUGAUACGUGCCCCACGCCGGAAUAUAUCCAAGGGAACUCAAUUAUCCAUUCAACAGAUCAUUCCUCAGCUUCAGUCGACAUUGCUUCCAGAUACUCAUAUGACCAAGCUAUCUCCCUGUUUCCUAGCACUGCAAUGUCUAAAGACAACCAUUGCAGCCGUCCAAGAGAAAGGCGAAAAUUCAAUUGGUCUUUCUGUGCCAUUUUUGCAGCGAUUGCUAAGUCUCAUGCUAUCCACCCAUUCUCACCAUGGAGAAUUUGCAACUACUGUCGGGUCACAAGCUUCUCAGAAUCUGAUCUCAGGAUUGUCCAUAUUGGAGGCACACACCACCUCUGUUGGCUCUCUUGGGGACGAUCAUCGUCGUGUUUUGAGUUCCAUUGCCAGUCUAUAUGGAUUAAUUUCCCCAAGAGGCAACAGUUCAAUGAACCCAGCCAAUCACACCAUUCAAAGUCUCUACAUCCGAGUUAUUUUGAACGUUACCAACAGCCACCCCGGUCUUUGCGAUGACUUUGCAACACCCGAGAUGAUAGGUGAACUGGCUGCGAUUGCAAUCACGAACUUUUCCAAUUUGCCCAAAGAUCCUCUUGUUCAGAAUAACAACAAUUCUUUAGAUACGGUAAUUCUGGCUCUAGGGGCCCUGAUUAAUCUAACCGAACAAAGCGAAAUCUCGCGUAUCAUGUUCCUCAACACCGGAAGUACAGGCCCAUCUCUUCUCGACCAAUUGUUAGAGCUCUUCUUAGCUCAUGUCGAUUCCACUUCUGAGGCACAUUCUGUCCCGGCAGUCCAUCACAACGUUGCGGUGGGGUAUCUGGCGGUCCUCCUUUUGGUCCUCUGUCUCAAUCCCAAUGCUUGUGUACAGGUAAAGAAUUCAUUGCACACCAAGGGGCUAUCGGUGAUCAUGUCAACUGUCGAGGAAUUCUUGCAAUACCACCGCAAGAUUGAGCAGGAAAUGCAACCCCUGCCAGUACAAGGUGAUUCAAGUGGGUUUUAUGUUCGAUUACAUGAACUUAUGGGUCGGAUCCAACAAACCGUCGAAUGA